GGAUGAGCAAGAACGUAUACGCGGCUAUUUUCGUCUUUCCACCAAGCGUUUCCACAAGUCGCGCAGCUGCGUUAGUCACGGCGGCAGUGGCCAUACGCCCAGUUCCAGGGAGGAUUCCAUUGAGAAGGAUGACAACACAAAUACCACAGCAGCUACUUCGAUCCUGGUGAAUGGUGAAGAGUACUUGAACGGGGGUGGCAGUAUUACCGGUACAGCGCUGGUAACGCGACACGAACUCAACAGGGCGGCCAAGUUUCAGCAACAACAGCAGCAGCAUCACCAUAACAGCCGACAGCCUGGCAGAGACACCAUGAAUGGCGGUGCGGCAGGUCAGCAUGGCCAUGGUAGGCAAGCUUUGGCGAAGGAUGUGCGUGUGAAGAAGAAUGAUGUGAAGAUUAAGAUAAUAUCGGAUGGCGGAAAAGGCAAUAAGUCAGCGUUGGCAGGCGUCGGCAGUGCUGGUGGCCAGCUGCAGGCGCGUCAAACGCCGAAGGGCAGCAGUGUAAGCAGCGGCAGUCGACGCGAGAGUGUUGGCGGUGGCGGUAGCGGAGGAGGAGGAGGAGGAAGCGCUGGUGAGCGCAAAUUGACACUUGGUUCAUUGGAUAAUUCCUGCUCGAAUAUGACCUCCUCGACGUACUGCAAUGGCGCCAGUAGUUUGCUCGAGGAUGAUGGCGGUGCAAGCAACUUUGGCGAUGGCGAAGAUUCCUCCAUAGUGAGUGGCAUGAUUGUGCCCAGCGGCAGCGGUCAGAGUGCGGUCAACUAUACGCAACACAAGAAGUGGAGCCUCAGUGGUCAGCCUUUGUUGCGCAAUAAGGAUUUAUCAUUCAGUGAUUGCAGUAGUUUCUCGCACAUGGACACGGCUAGUACGCUCGAGCGCGAUCUGGAGAUAAUCGAUAUGUUGGAACGCGAGCGCAGCAUGAACAUACAGGAGAUGAUUGAGCGUGAGCAAAAUGGCGAAACAGUGCGCAUGACGGUGGGUGAACGUCGCAAACUGCCCGAUAUCGAUAAGAUUUAUCAGCGUUCGCCAAAACCCCAACUCGAUCCGUACAGUUACGACGUAUCCUCACAAGUCACGCCGACACCCUCAACGGCGACAGCAAAAGAUAGCACACCCAACUCGCUGCUGUGUAGUGACCCGCUACAAUCAAGUAGUGGUGGUAGUAGCACAACAGAAGCCUACAGUGUUGCAUCCACGCUCAGCGGCGAGGAACGUGCAGCGCAUGGACUGUCUCGCGACGAUGAAGGUGAGAGCGGCAUCGAUGUAGACGAAGAAGUGCCGUCCGAUUUCUUCGACAAGUUUACACCGGGUGCUGGAAACGCUGUGCCUCAUGCGGGUAGCGGCGUUGCAGCAUCUAACACGCCCACUUCCGCCUACCAGUAUCAGUACUCGCGUCGACUUAGCCGCAAAUCAUCACACCACAGCCAGAACUCAAAUUCGCAUCGCAACUCGAAGCGAGAUAGCUUCAAUUCACUAAAUAGCAGCGAUCUUAUUGCGGGUGCGUUCGGUGAAUUGGAUCCCACGCAACCGUUAUCGAAAAUGUCUGUGGUUGAGGGCCGAAUGCGACGCAGUAGUGGACGUACGUCUAGCUUCUCUUCUUCUUCGGCGCGUAGUUCAAUGAAAUCGCGUGACUAUAGUCACGGUUCGUCGCAUUCGGCACAUCCAGAGUUGGAUUUUAGGGAGAAUAUUUUCGCCGAACUGUAA